UCCUGUGCGGAUGCGUGCGUGUGCCCGACGACAUCGACGAGAACACGCACGUAGCUGUCAGUAGGAAAUGCAGGCGGUUGGUGUUGGAUGUAGCUCUACCGCUGUGCUGGGAUAAAUUAAACAAAAGGAGUCCUUUUUGUUACAGAAUGAAAACGGUUACUUAGGAGAUUACUUGAAUUUGGUGGUUGCAGCCAGUCUGCAUGUCUAACCGAGGUAAAGGAGACAUUCGGCUAGCUGGCAAGGCUACCAUAAACAGCCCACUAUCAGCGCUAAUGCUAAUAGUUACAUUAGGCUAAAAUAAGCUAAUUUAGCUAGCUGGUAACUUAGCUAGCUAGCUUGCCGAUUGUACGAAUUUUGCUCUUCCAGGUCCUCACCCCGUUUAGCGGUUCCUUCCCAGGUCUCGCUCCCUUCGUGUUUUCAUUUCACGGAGGAGGUUGUGGAACCGGAGCUGUGGCGGGGGGACGUGCGGAGAGGAACCCCCUGGCUAUCCAGGCGGACGGAUCACUGUGACACGCCGGUCGUGGAGAGAUCAGAGUGGAACCAUGGCCGAACUCUCCACCUUAUCCACAUCACCACCUGCACUGGGUGAUCCGCAUUCAGCUCCCUCCAUCCCUCCGUCCUCAUCAGUACUCCCUGCUCCCAACAGCCCUCCUCCACAGUCUUUACCCAAGUCUGCCCUCUACAAUAACAAACCUUUGACUGGACACACUCCUGCAGGACAGUCAGGGGGUUCACCCUUGACUCCCGACCCAUCCUUGAGUCCUCCCAAGCUCACUGCUGAGACCCCCCUCCCAUCAUUAUUACAUGAGGCUGCUCCACAGAGAGAGGAAUCGACAGGGAAAGAUGUCAUUAAGCAGGAGACAAUGUCCAUUGACCCAGUUGCUCCCGAGUUCCUGAAUUCUAAAACAAUUAUUCCAGCACUGUCAACUGAGCCAUCAGCUCAGAGUGAUGUGCAAAAGGCAUCCCCCUCCCCUGAUCUCAGUCCUGGUCCUAAUCUUUAUCCUAAUGUGCAUGUCACCCACAAUCCAAAUCCUAUCAUGGAUGGUGGCCAAUUUACUCCAGGCCAACUACAAACCACUGUGGGUUCCAAUCCCACACCUGCUCCUCCAGCAUCCGUUGAUGCAGCAGCAUUGGCAACAGCUGAAGAGGAGAAACCUCAGCCACUUCAACAGGCACAAAGUCCUCAAAGUCAGCCGCCUCCUCUGUCCCCAAAGCGUGAUGCUCCAAACGAAGCAGGGAAAGCAGAACUGCCCAGUACCCCGACCAGAGUCGAACACCCCAGCCCUACUGUCCCACUGAUCCACGAACCAUCCUGUGCCCUCCCGCUGCACAACCCCAACCCCCGUCCGGCCCCUGAUACCCUCAGUUACCUGGAGUCAGCCAGCCUUAUGUCUGGGACGCUGGAGUCUCUGUCUGGGCUGGGGGAGGAUGGGAGCUCUGUGGGCUCAGACUCAGAGAUCAAUGGCAUGACUGUCAGACGCACUGAUAAAUAUGGCUUCCUAGGUGGGAGUCAGUACAGUGAAGGCAGUGAUAAGGAAGUUCGAGUUGAAGUUGCCAGACAGAGGGAGAUUAAAUGGAUUGAUAUGUUCAACAACUGGGAUAAGUGGAUCAAACAUCGCUUCCAGAAGGUGAAGUUGCGCUGCAGGAAGGGCAUUCCAUCUUCUCUCAGAGCCAAAGCCUGGCAGCUGCUGUCCAAUAGCCAAGAGCUCCUUGAAGCCAACAGAGGGAAAUUUGAGGAACUGGAGAGAGAGCAGGGAGAGGCAAAAUGGCUGGACAUUAUUGAGAAGGAUCUCCACAGACAGUUCCCCUUCCAUGAAAUGUUUGCGGCUCGUGGUGGCCAUGGACAACAGGAUCUGUACCGGAUCCUGAAGGCAUACACCGUCUACCGGCCUGAUGAGGGAUACUGCCAGGCCCAGGCUCCAGUGGCUGCAGUGCUGCUCAUGCAUAUGCCUGCUGAGCAAGCUUUUUGGUGCCUCGUCCAGAUAUGCGAGAAGUACCUUCCUGGCUACUACAGUGCUGGACUGGAAGCGAUCCAGCUGGAUGGCGAGAUCUUCUUCUCCCUGUUACGGCGCACAUGUCCAAUGGCAUACCGUCAUCUUAAGAAGUUCAAGAUUGACCCAAUUCUCUACAUGACUGAAUGGUUCAUGUGUAUCUUCUCACGCACCUUACCAUGGUCCUGUGUACUGCGUGUAUGGGAUAUGUUCUUCUGUGAAGGAGUGAAAAUAGUGUUUCGUGUGGGCCUGGUACUACUGAAACAAAUGCUUGGUUCUGUGGAUAAACUUCGAGAACUACAGGGCAUGUAUGAAACCAUGGAGCGCCUGAGAAACAUUCCACCCGAGUCUAUCAGAGAGGACAUAAUGGUACAGGAGAUUAUUACGCUCCCAGUGACAGAGGCGCUCAUUGAGAGGGAGUGCAGCAUCCAGGUGAGGAAGUGGAGGGAGUCCAGAGGGGAGCUUACACACCAGCCGGGACGCCGGCUCCAUGGUACCAGAGCCAUCUAUGAGUACAAACGACGCGCUGCCUCCAUCAGCUCCGGUGGCAGCUUCUCUUUCCUGGGAAGCCCAGUCCCUCCACCAGGACCUCUCAGGGCCUCUUCGAGCCUCCUCUCGCUCCCUGGCUUCCGCAAGUCUAAAGUUCCUUUCCACUCCCAAACCAAGAAGGGCUCCUUCUCAGGGCCAUCAGGAAUAGAGGGCCUGCCGCCUCAUUCGCCACCUGCAUUAACAUCAAGCCCGAGCCGAGGCCCCAGCCAUAAACCCCCCAUUCCCCCAGGGGCAGGUCAGAGGGGACCAGCACCUCAAGUUCAGAGCCCCUUACUCGGGAGUGCAGCUGGCUCAUCACGUGGGCCUGCUCAGCCCUCAGAAGGCAACUCCGCACAGGGCCCACCUGCAGCUUCCGCCCUAGAAAAAAGCACGCCAUCGCCACCCACCACUCUAUCCCCCUCGCCUAAGAUCGUAUCUGAGCAAAUUACUCCUACUAUCCCUUCUCCUACUGCAAACAAUGCCACUCUGCCCCCAUGUCCAGAUUCAAAUAAAGAAGCGGUGCCAGCGACUGAUGCCACAACUGAAUCGGAAGAAGGAAAGAAGAAGAAGAAAAGCAAAGAAGACAAAAAGAAGGAAAAGGAAGAUGAGAAGAAAAAAUUGAAGGAAAAGAAGGAAAAGGAAAAGGCUGAAAAAGAGAGGCUCAAGAGGGAGAAAGAGAGGCUAGAAAAAGAGAAGAAGAAAGGGGGGAAGAAAAAGGACAAAGGGGGAGGAGAGGCUGAAGACAAAAAUGGAGCUGCAGCAGCGAGAGAUUCGGCCUAGUUUUCCACCCCAUCAUUCCAGGAUAAUGAAAAGGGAUGCUGAAGAAAAAAAGAGGUCAGGGGAACAAAAGACACCCAGAAAGAGUGAUUAAUAUAAAAAAAAUGGGAUGGCUUCCUGUAUGAUGCAUCAUUUCGAAGACUUAAUGUAGUCCCAGGACUAUGGUGGAGAAAACUGGAUCAUAGUUUUAAUAGCACCUCGGGGAGCUCUUUGCCCCUCGUUCGAUGCUUUCUUUUUGACUGAGUUUUAUUAAGAUAGGACAAAUUUCCUUUUUCAACUGGAGCAUGGCCUGUGAAUCUGAAUAAUAUUUCAAAAGAUCACAGUCAUUAUCUCUUUUAGUUUUUUUUUUAAUUCUUUUUUUUUUUUUUCUCAUUUUUAUUAUUUUAAUCAGAUUGAUGGCAGUGGUUAGAUAAACAUCGACUCAAGGGAUUUUUGAACCGAGCGUUGGCAGAAAUAGUAAUGGUGCCAUAGAGUAUGUAAAUAAAAAAGUCUACCUACAGUACUUUGGAUGUUGUUAGCACUCCACACACCCAUCAGUUCUCCACUGUGGACAGACAUCUGUGGAUGGAUCUGGUUGACUGGGAAAAAAAAAAGAAAACCCUUGGAAGUCGCUUCAAAUGCAGGCACUGAAGACAGAUAUGCUAGUAACGUUGUUGAGGAUGUAUUUAUUGUCAUGUUAAAUGUUGUGAGUGAGUGUGUGCCUUAGUAGUAUAGUCAAUUGUGUUAAUGUUCUAUGUGUGGCCUCCCUGUUUUCAGUCUCCCUCUGCCGUUUUUUUUUUCUUUUUUUUUCUCUCAAGUCAAACCAUCAUUGAAUUCUUUCUGUGGUUCUUCCCAAACCUUUACUUUCUCAUGUCACUGGAAUAAAUCUGACUGGUGACACACAUGAAAAGAGGGAGAACAUGAAAACCCAGACACCGUGUAGUCGUAGCUAUUUUUAACAUUUCAUUUAUGUGUGUUUUUUGUCUCUGACAAAAUACACGGGGAGAUUUUAUUGUUUUUAUUUCAGGCCCCAGUUUCAAUUUCUUGUGUCCGAGGUUGAUUUUUGCAAAAAGCAGGUGCAACAUUAUCAAUAAACUGGUAGUCUAAAAACAUGCAAUGCGCAGCAGUGACCAUCAACAAGUCCUGCAGACCAAAAUGUCGAUCUCUAAAAUUUGUAUUAUUCUGCUAUCAACAACAAAACAUAUGCAUUUAUUCAGCCAAAUUUCAGUAUGGGUAAGAACUUAAGUUCAUUAACCCAUUAGAAUGUGAUUUUAAGUAUCCUAAGAGAAUGAAGGAUGAUUUUUGCACUUGUGAUUUUGUCACAAAGCACCACUGAGGUCGCCCACUCCAUUAGCGCAGUGAUGUGGAACAUGAGAGUCUCAACAGGCCGGUUUCACAGUUUGAAAUCUGUGCCUGGAGGACCUAUAGGAAGCCACUUGACUGGAGGUGCCAGGUGUGCCAAUGUAGCAUUAACCUCUGAUAUUUGACCUUCGGGCUCUGAUGUAUUUAUGUAUAAAGUGGUUAAUUUAAUCAAAUAUAGUAUAUUAUGAAUUAUUGUUAUUAUUAUUAUUAUUAUUAUUUAGGAUAUUUUUCUAUGUGAGUAAGAGACACCUGGCUGACUGGAACGAUGGCUGACUACACAGUGUAGUUGCAGGGG